CCUGUUCAGAGGAAACUGGGAGGAGCCGAUUUCCUCUGCUUCCUUUUCCUAUGCCUUUUUCACACUCAGACCCAGAACACUUAAUGCUCUGCAGCCUGUCAUUAGAAAUGUAUGCAAGAGCAGUCUGAAUGCCAGAAUGGAUAACCGUUUUGCUACAGCGUUUGUAAUUGCUUGUGUACUUAGCCUCAUUUCUACCAUCUACAUGGCAGCCUCAAUUGGCACAGACUUCUGGUAUGAGUAUCGGAGUCCAGUUCAAGAAAAUUCCAGCGAUUUGAACAAAAGCAUCUGGAAUGACUUUGCUAGUGAUGAGGCAGAUGAAAAGACUUACAGUGAUGCACUUUUCCGAUAUAAUGGCACAGUGGGAUUGUGGAGACGGUGUAUCACUAUACCGCAAAACACAUACUGGUAUAGCCCACCAGAAAGGACAGAGUCAUUUGAUAUGGUCACAAAAUGCAUGAGUUUCACACUAAAUGAGCAGUUCAUGGAGAAAUUUGUUGAGCCUGGAAACCAUAAUAGUGGGAUUGAUCUGCUUCGGACCUAUCUUUGGCGUUGCCAGUUCCUUUUACCUUUUGUUAGUCUAGGUUUGAUGUGCUUUGGGGCUUUGAUUGGACUUUGUGCUUGUAUCUGCCGAAGCUUGUAUCCCACCAUCGCCACAGGCAUUCUCCAUCUCCUUGCAGGUCUGUGUACACUGGGCUCAGUGAGUUGUUACGUUGCUGGAAUUGAACUACUCCACCAGAAACUGGAGCUGCCUGAGAACGUGUCUGGUGAAUUCGGAUGGUCCUUCUGCCUGGCUUGCGUGUCAGCUCCCUUACAGUUCAUGGCCUCUGCUCUCUUCAUCUGGGCUGCUCAUACCAACCGGAAAGAGUACACCUUAAUGAAGGCAUAUCGUGUGGCAUGAGUGGGAAGCUGCCUGCUUUACAGUUGCCAUUUUUAUGAUUUUUUUAUAUUAAUAUUGUCCCUUACCUCCCCCUGAAUUGUUUUUAAUUUAACUUUUUUUGUGUGGAUAUACCAUUUUAUUCUGAAAACCCAUUUUAUUUAUUCAUGCAGACAGUUGUUUCUCAACACAACUAAAAUUUAAAUGGAACCUGGGUGAUUCCAUCUUUAGAGUCCAGACAGAAAAAAAUGGGUAGAGUCUUGGCACAAAUUUGUGAGGAAAAUUGGUAGUAGGAGGUUGACCCAUAGCAAGUUCUGCUGAUGUCUAUUAGACUUUUCGGUAAUGUAACUGUAUCUGUUUAACUGGAACUUACAGUUUCUUUGGGAAACCUCUUAUUGACAAAACUUAUAUUCACUUUGCUAUUGUAGACAGCCAGUCAGCCAGAGAUAUUAGUGCUGUCUUCAAGGACUUUGGCUAUCUAAAAUAAGGAACUCAUCUAAGAUCCUUUUCCCUAAAUAUUGGCAUAUAGUUUCAUCUGAAGUGAAAUACUACAGUUUUUUAUCUGUACACUGUCUGUUUAAAAGAAGGAGUGUUUACAUGGAAUUUUAACUUUGUUAACUACAAAAAUUCCAGUUCAGCCAGUCAGGACGAUUAACCUUAUUUUACCUUUUUUUUUUUUUUUAAUCUUUAAUAUGUCAAUAGAUUUCCAGUAUCAGCAAACCUUUCUGGAUUUUUGUUCCUUCUCUCCUCACACACCAGAGUUAUUACAAGACUGCUUUCUUUUAAAUAAUACAUUGAGGUCACCGAGUAAAAUUUUCCAACUGCUGUUUAUUUCAGCUAAGUACCAUAAAGAAGGUUCCACCGUAAUGACCCUCCAGAGCUAGAACUACCACAAGACCUAAGGCUUUGGCUGGUCAUUAACUUCCGACUAUGGUCUUUAUCUCUUGUGGUGGAAUGAUGUGCCUUUCCUUGCCUAAUCCCCUCCUGGUGUGUGUCAGCAUUAUUUAAUGUCUUCUAAUUCAGUCAUUUUUUUAUAAAUAUGUCUAUAAACAUUGAACUUAAAAAAAAUCUUAUUUAUUUAUUCCAUUACUGUAGUACUUGACAGAUUAAAAAAAAUGUAACAGUAAUUUCUUACAAAAUCCUAAAUCUGUCUUUUUUAAAAAAUAAAAAAUGA